AUGAAGCCUACAUUAGUUACUACCCUUUGUUUCCUCCUCUUUUCCUUCACCAUCUACUUUCCAUUACCGUUUACACAUGCAAAUGAUUUUAUCGUCAAAGAUAUAUUUGGGAACCCCGUUGUUCCUAGUGGCAGCUACUAUAUUUGGCCUGAUUACUUAGUAAGUGGUGGUGAAUUGAGGCUUGGUGAAACAGAAAAUUCAACAUGUCCAUUUACUGUACUUCAAGAUUAUUCUAACCUUGGUCCUGGCCUGCCAGUAAAAUUUACCCCACAAAAUCAAACAAGUGGUGAUGAUCCCAUCACUUUAAGCUUGCAUAUAGACAUUGCAUUUGAAAACAAGCCAGAUUGUGCAGAAUCCUCCAAGUGGUUGGUGGUUGAAGCAGAAAAUGAGUACCCUACACCAUGGCUGGCUAUUGAUGGUACUGGAAAGAAGGUUUAUGAUGAUGGCUGGUUUGAAAUUAUUGGAUACAAGAAAACGGGAUACCUUAUCUAUUUCUGUCACAAGUUAUCUCCUACACUAGGUGAAUGUAUUUACUUAAGUAGGAAGAAUGACAAAAAUGGAAUGCGUUUGGUCUAUGAAAUGGAUGGUGAUGCCUUAGCAGCGGUAUUCGUUAACAUUAAUGAUGCUGCUAGAGCUAGAAGAUCAUCGGCGAUUUGA